AUGGCAGAAUCAUUGAAGCCUACGAAUCCCGAGUCUUCUCAGACGAGGAAGCCAGCGCCCAACGGCAUUGCUCCGGUCUCUGGUGGACCGUCGCGACCAGGGGAUGGUUUUUACCUGCUUGAACAGACCACGAGAGCUGAGAAUGGUCGACGACAAGGGCAGAGAGGUCGUGCACCAAGAAACGGAAGACAAGGGGAGCGAAAGAAGCAGGGAAACGGGAGGGAGACUCAGCAGGGAACUGCUGAAGGAAGCUCUGCCUCAAACUCUAGGGGAGCUUCCAAGGCUCCCUCGAGGAGGAACUCCUUCUCGCGAACCCAAGGAAAAAAGGGCAAAAAGCCGGCCGAGUCUUUCGUGGAUUCUAGCUUUGCUGUGUCAGCUCAAAAUUCGCCAAAUGUUGAGCAAGGAUGGACAGAAGCUAUUGAUCGGUCUACUGAGACGCCUGGCCCUAAUGGUGAUGGUGUUUCUGAUUCUGCGCCCCCGAAGCUUCAGAUAGACUACAGCCUCAACCCUUGGGAGGACGCCGGCAGCAGCACCAACGGUCCUUCGCAAAUCCCGUCCAGAGAACGUCGCGAAGUGAAUACCCGGACGGCAGGUCCGCAAUCUCGAGGACAGAAUGGGCGCUAUCCCCAACGUCACAAUCCGCAGCACCCUCAUCCGACGGGCUAUCAUGGCAUGCAGUAUAACGUCCCUAGUUUCGCAUAUGAUCCCCACGCAGAUGGUGAAGGCGCGACCAACGGCCAGCAGCCUCACGUACACAGCAGGGGUUGCGACCAUUCGGGCCCUUCCAAUAGCUCAAAAGGCAAUAUGCGCCCGGCAGGUGCCAGGAAUGGGUUCUCCGAGGAAGUCGUGGAACUCAGGUCGCCUCAGCCAUUCUUCCCGAACGCGGCGGUCAACAACACAGUCAGACCUUCUCCAGCUCUGAUGCGCUCACUCAACUCUGUCAGAGUUCCUCAGUUGCGAGAAGCUGCGCCGUUAGACGCCGCUGCUCUCUCUUUCGUUCCAGGGACCGCUCUUUUGGCCACUAAUCUCGACGAGCAUCCUUCAUCACCGCAGACCGCUCAGAGGGAGGAGGCCAAGGCAACUGGAAAGAAGGGCAAGAAGGGAAAGAAGCCAAAUCAGGGGGUAGACACCACCCAGCAAGGUCCUGCAGUUGCUACUGGUCGACGAGCCGCGUUCGAGCAAUCUACAAAACUCACGUCGAUGAACCAUAAAGGGGGCAAGACGAUGAAGCCUGGGCAAAAGGAGGAUCCGGCUCAAGGAGUGGUCAGAGCGGAGCAGCAGGCUAAGAAAUCUGCCGGACAAGAGUCGGAUGAUUUGGUAACCAGGUUGACGAAAGGUCUCAAGAACCGUCCCUUCGUGGAGUGUCCUAUCUGUUUCAACAGCAUAACACCGUCACAGCAGACAUGGUGCUGUCUACCACCAGAUCGACCACCGGAGCCCUCAUCAUCUGCCACCCUUCAUGUCAACCCCAUCACCGGCUCUACAGCUACGUCCACCCACUAUUCAGCCUGUUACACUCCUUUCCAUAUUGAGUGUAUCCGAGAUUGGGCGAAUCGCAGUCUGGGAGAGGAAGACGAAAAGAUCAGGAGCGGACUGAAGGAACCUGGAGAGGCUCAAUGGAGGUGUCCCGGGUGUCAAAAAAGGCGCACAGACCCGCCUGGUCAAUACAAAUGUUUUUGUGGUCGACUGUCUCAUCCACCGACUUCUACCAUCGCCCCUCACUCAUGCGGAGACUCGUGUGGUCGCAAGAGGGCCAAGUGUGGACAUGGCUGCCCGUUGCCGUGUCACCCGGGGCCCUGCCCACCUUGCAAUGUGGCUCUCAUUGUCCCCUGUCCUUCUCACAACAUACCAAUGACGGUCAAAUGCUCCUCUGCCACCUCCAACAAUGCAGCGCUCUCUCCUGUCUGUGACGACAUCUGUGAUAGACAACUCAAUUGUGGUCAUCGAGAUCACGCAUGCCAAGAGCUCUGUCACUAUGGCCCGUGUGCGCCUUGUAUGGAAAUGGAGAGCGUCACGUGCUAUUGUGGCGAGGAAGAGAAACAGGUCGAAUGCGGCUGGGGCAGAAACAAUGUCAAGAUCUGUGCCAAGAUUCUGGAAGAUGGUAUUGAGACGACAUGGGAAGGAAGGUUCGACUGUGGAAAGUCUUGUGAGAGGUAUUAUGACUGUGGAAAGCACAAGUGUCAAAAGACUUGUCACCCGCACCCCGUCGCUGCCUUGGUGUGCCCUCACUCUCCCGAAAUCAUCACCCAUUGCCCGUGCGGCGCGACGCCCCUUUCAUCCCUUCCUGGUUUCCCUCGUCCCGAUUGUCUUGCUCCUGUGCCCACUUGCAAGAAACGCUGUCCUCAGAGUCGACCCUGCGGUCAUCCAUGCCCCAAGAACUGUCAUACCGGGGAAUGUCCGCCCUGUCACGAGGAAGUGAUGCGGACUUGCCGAUGUGGGCAGAGCCAGCUGGUCGUACCUUGUGACAUCUUGAGAGAGAGAAUGGCGAAUGGGACUGGAGAAGUGACUUGUGAACGAGUCUGCAAAGCUCUAAGAAACUGUGGACGACACGAAUGCGGACGUUUAUGCUGUCCCUUGUGGGAACAAGUCAAAUCUCAGAAAAAGAAACGUAACGACGAUAAUGACAUAUACACCAACGAUGACCUUCAUCAAUGUCAUUUGACGUGCGGCAAGAUGUUGAGCUGUGGACGUCACACUUGUCCCAAGCCCGACCACAAGGGUCCUUGUGGAAGGUGUCUACAAGCGUCAUACGAUGAGCUCAUCUGUCACUGCGGACGAACAAUCAUCUAUCCCCCUGUCGCGUGCGGCACUCAAAUACAUUGCCCUUUCCCUUGCACUCGCCCAUCUCCGGAAUGUGGCCACCCCAAAAUUGCCCACCAAUGCCACGAGAACGAGGACUGCCCUCCCUGCCCGUACCUCACCGAGAAAUCUUGUGCCUGUGGUAAAGAACAGCAUGUCAAGAACAUCCGUUGCUCUCAAGACCGCGUCUCUUGUGGUCAAGCAUGUGGCGAGCUGCUUUCUUGUGGCUUCCACAGAUGCCAGAAGCUCUGUCACAAACCCGGAGAGUGUGAUCCUUGCGCUCAGAUGUGUGGUAAGCCAAAGAGUAUCUGCAAGCAUUCUUGUACGGCGGCGUGUCAUGCGCCGAAGCGAUGCCCAGAGAACGAACCGUGUCAGGCCAUCGUCACCCAAACAUGCUCCUGCGGUAAUCUCCUGAGCAGGACCUCUUGUGGUGCUUCCACUCUCAAGCCAAAGAGUCGGGAGGCAGAGCAGCUCAAGUGUAACUCGGAGUGCGCGGUCAGGCAGAGGAAUGCGAGGUUGGCGGAUGCUCUGGGCAUCAAGCAGCCUGGCGAGAAGAAUACGGAGGUGUAUGAAGAUGAACUGAAGAAUUUUGCCCUUGGGAACCACAAGUUUGUCAAGAUGGUCGAGAGCACUUUUGAAGAGUUUUUCAAGGGGCCUAGGCAGAGUAUGGUCCUUCCACACAUGCCCGAGUCCAAGCGAACUAUUGUCAUGUCACUCGCAGACCAUUACCGUCUCACCCGCGAGCUGAUCGACCAAGAGCCCAACCGCUCCGUCCAGAUCCGGCGUCGAAUCGACACCCGUAUCCCCAAGCCUCUCCUCAGCGCUGCUGUCAAUCCCUCCCAGGCAGGCCAAACCAGGUUGGUGACCACAUCUGCCAGCCCUUGGGGCCGAACAACUGCGGGGUCUUCUGGUACUGCAGCCAGUAUCGUUGCUGGUAGUGGCAGUGGUAGUGGAUCGAGUAGGCUGUCGACUACUGUUACGCCUGUAGCCGGCGGGUCAGGUCUGAACUCGACAGUCCCAUCGCGUACGAGCACACCUGUCAUCCCUGCUCCAUUCGUGCCGUCUAUUCCGGCAUUUGUUAGUGCUAAACGAAGCGAAGCGAAGAAGCGCGAAGAGGGAGGGGAAGGAGAAAAGAAGCCGGUGGGACAGGUGGAUGACGAUGAUGAUUGGGAUAAGGACGAUGUUGAGUAG